AGCGCUUCGAGCGGUAAAAAUGGCUAGAAACCCAUUGCCGGUGCCGAGUAUCGCAGCCAUGCUCUCCUUGCUGUUACUAUGGACCUUCCUUGGAAUCUGCCAUGGCUUGGGAGAAGUCUAUCUGCCGGCGGAAAACGAAGUGUCAGCUGCUGGAAAACUGGCCACGGAGUACUUUACGUACGAGGCUCCAGCGGAGGAGGACCAGGUGGCGCCAUGGCAAUCGGCCAGGGAAUUGGCCAAGGUGCUCUCCCCUCCGCAACAGGUGGUGUUCAUUCGAACGCCGGAGACGAAUGUCUUUUCACUGACUGCCAAGCAACUGGCGGUGAACAAUCCACUGGACAUCUUUGUGCUCCACCGCCAGGCGGAUGCAGAUGCUCUGGCCAAGCAGCAGACUGCGAUACAACAGCAGGUAUCUGAAAGGCCAUCAGUACAUUUCGUAAAGUACAGAACUCCGGCGGAUGUUACCAAAGCUCUAAGCGCCUUGAGAAGCGAUUAUGAUCGGUUGCCAGGAAAUAGUAUUAGCCAUGCUAUAGAAAAAGCCGAUGUUCUGCAGCUCAAACCACAAACAACUGAGGCACCAGUGAUUUUCAAGAUCAGGCCAAAAGAUAGCGAUUACUACGAGACCCACGAGCCGGCAAGCGAAGUGGAAACGGCCAAGUUGCAGGCGCUAUUUCGGGAAUAUCUGCCACCGGGAAAACGACGUUAGUUAAGCUAUGACCUAUAGGCUGGUCCCAAAGAUUGUUUAAAGGUUAUUUAAAUUAAUUGUUAAUUAGUUAAAA